GGCACGCUCUCGGGCAGCCAUAUAUUUGCUGCCCGUUGGUUUGUCACUCCUCAAUCCCUCUCCUCCCGCUUCUUCAACCCAUUCGAAAUACACAUAUUUGUAUCUCUAUACAUACAUCAUCUAUAUCUCGUUAUAUAUAUACGACUUAGAAUCAAGCCCCCCGUCUCUCUCACUUGCAAUUUGUUUUCAUCUCAAGCAACCAGAUAGAGUGAGAGAGUAUAUUUAUAGAGAGAGAGAGAGAGGGAAAAACCCUAAUUCCUCUAUUUCUCGUUCGAAGUGUGUGGGGUCAGUCAGAUUCUCGCUUGAGGAACAAAAUGGCUCUGGAAAUCACCCAAUUUCUUUUGUCUGCUCAAUCAGCUGAUCAAAAGGUCCGAACUGAGGCAGAGGGUAAUCUCAGGCAGUUCCAAGAGCAGAACCUGCCAUCUUUUCUUCUAUCUCUGUCAGUUGAGCUCUCAAACAAUGACAAACCACUAGAGUCCCGAAGAUUGGCUGGUAUUGUGCUUAAAAAUUCAUUAGAUGCUAAAGAUGCUGCUAGGAAGCAACAACUCUUACAACAGUGGGUAGCAAUUGAUAUUUCAGUCAAAUCGAAAAUCAAGGAGAUGCUCUUGAGCACUCUUGGAUCUUCAGCUACCGAGGCAAGGCAAAUUUCUGCUCAAGUAAUUGCAAAAAUUGCUUCUAUUGAAAUCCCUCGAAAGGAGUGGCCUGAACUCAUUAGAUUGUUGCUCUUCAAUAUGACACAACAAGAUAGGCCGGCUUCAUUGAAACAAGCGACCUUGGAAGCACUAGGAUAUGUGUGUGAGGAGAUAUCUCACCAAGACCUUGUGCAAGAUGAAGUCAACUCUGUUCUCACUGCUGUAGUCCAAGGCAUGAACGUAACGGAGUACAGCCCUGAAGUCCGCCUUGCCGCAACUAAGGCUCUUUAUAAUGCUCUAGAUUUUGCACAGACCAACUUCGAAAAUGAGAUGGAGCGUAAUUACAUUAUGAAGGUUGUCUGUGAGACAACUGUGGCCAAAGAACCUGAGAUUAGACAAGCUGCUUUUGAAUGUCUUGUCUCUAUAGCAUCAACUUAUUAUGAGGUUCUCGAACCAUACAUGCAAACAAUCUUUGAGCUUACAUCAAAGGCAGUUAAAGGGGAUGAAGAAGUCGUUGCCCUUCAAGCGAUUGAGUUUUGGAGCUCUAUUUGCGAUGAAGAGAUAGAACUUCAAGAGUUUGAGGAAGUUGAUGGUGGGGAUUCUGGAACUUCACAUUCCCACUUCAUUGAGAAGGCUCUGCCAUCUUUAGUUCCUAUGUUGCUAGAGACUUUACUAAAGCAGGAAGAGGAUCAGGAUCAAGAUGAUACUACUUGGAAUGUGUCCAUGGCCGGCGGGACAUGUCUAGGUCUUGUUGCUAGGACUGUUGGUGAUGCUAUUGUUCCCCUUGUAAUGCCGUUUGUGCAGGCUAACAUAUCAAAGGGUGAUUGGCGAUCCCGUGAGGCUGCUACUUAUGCCUUUGGCUCAAUCCUUGAAGGGCCAGGUGUUGAGAAGCUUGCCCCCAUGGUCCAUGCAGGCUUGGAAUUCCUACUUAAUGCGAUGAAAGAUGAGAACAGCCAUGUGAAAGAUACAACUGCAUGGACGCUUAGCCGUAUUUUUGAGUUAUUGCACUCUCCAUCUAAUGGAUUUUCUGUGAUUUCUCCGGCAAACCUCCAGCGGGUUUUGGGGGUUUUGUUGGAGAGCAUUAAAGAUGCUCCCCAUGUUGCUGAGAAGGUUUGUGGGGCCAUCUACUACCUUGCCCAGGGUUAUGAGGAUGCUGGUGGCCCUACCUCCUCUCCUCUCACACCAUAUCUUCCGGACAUCAUAACCUGUCUUCUCGCGACUGCUGAUCGCAGUGACGGUAGCGACUCUAAGCUCAGGGCUUCUGCUUACGAAACCUUGAACGAGGUGGUUAGGUGUUCAAAUCUUAAGGAAACGUCUCACAUCAUUACACAACUACUCCCUCUCAUCAUGAAUAAGUUGGCACAGACUGUUGAGUUCCAAAUUGUAUCCACCGAUGACAGGGAGAGGCAAGGAGAUUUGCAAGCUCUUCUUUGUGGUGUCCUCCAGGUUAUUAUCCAGAAGCUUAGCAGUGCUGAUGAGACUAAGGCUGUAAUACUUCAAGCUGCCGAUCAAAUCAUGGUAUUGUUCCUCAAGGUUUUCGCUUGUCGUAGCUCUACGGUGCAUGAAGAAGCAAUGCUUGCGAUUGGUGCACUGGCUUAUGCCACUGGACCAGAGUUUGGAAAGUAUAUGUCGGAGUUUUAUAAGUAUUUGGAGAUGGGUCUGCAGAAUUUCGAGGAAUACCAAGUUUGUGCCAUCUCAGUUGGUGUGGUGGGUGAUAUUUCUCGCGCUUUGGAUGAGAAUAUCUUACCAUACUGUGAUGGGAUCAUGACCCUCCUUUUAAAGGAUCUCUCGAGUGGUGAACUACACCGGUCUGUCAAGCCCCCCAUAUUCUCCUGCUUCGGGGAUAUUGCUCUGUCGAUUGGAGAACACUUCGAGAAGUAUCUUGUUUAUGCAAUGCCAAUGAUGAAGGGAGCUGCUGAGAUAUGUGCCAGAAUGGACAACAGUGACGAAGAGAUGGUGGAAUAUGGGAACCAGCUCAGGCGCAGCAUCCUUGAAGCUUACUCUGGAAUUCUUCAGGGAUUUAAGAAUACCAAACCUGACCUGAUGGUGCCCCACGCUGCCCAUCUGUUGCAGUUCCUAGAACUAGUUUGUAGAGACGGUCAAAGGGAUGAAAGUGUUACGAAAGCAGCAGUGGCGGUGUUAGGUGAUCUUGCAGAUGCACUCGGUUCAAAUGUGAAGAAUUUGUUAAAGGACCGUACUUUCUGCAAUGAGUUUUUGGUGGAAUGCCUUCAUUCAGAUGAUGAACAGCUCAAGGAGACUGCAACUUGGACCCAAGGGAUGAUUGGACGUGUUUUUGCUGUCAGCGGGUAAAAAUGAACUUUUUGUUAGUUGCCAUUUCUCUUGGUUCAUGAAACUAAGCAUGUUUUGUUUUGUUCGGUAAAUGGUCAAGAGAGUCGGGGUAGUAAGAAAGAAGAGGUCUGGGGUUCUUUCUCGUGUCUUGUAUGUCUUAGGUAUAAGUUUCUGAACUGAUGAAAUGUUUUAUUAUCUUCUUUGUUGGGGGUCAGAAAGGUUCUUGUUAGGAAAAGCCAUCGUAAGGGCCACACUACCUGUAGGUGGCCUGAUAUUCUUGUUAACUCUAUUUAGUUUUAUGCAUCCACUAAUCGGUGGUUUGUGUCGGUC